AUGGCGGUCACUAUUGAGGAUCUCUAUCGGAGCUACGGGGUCCUCGCUGAUGCUAAGGACAACCUCAGUCAGCACAAAGAUGCCUACCAAGUAAUCUUGGAUGGAGUGAAGAGUGGCCCGAAGGAGAAGCGCCUGGCGGCCCAGUUUAUCCCAAAGUUCUUCAGCAGCUUUCCAGAACUGGCCGACUCGGCCAUCAAUGCUCAGCUUGAUCUCUGUGAAGACGAGGACGUGUCGAUCCGACGGCAGGCCAUCAAGGAGCUUCCGCGGUUUGCAACUGGCGAGAACAUCCUCAGAGUUGCCGAUAUUCUCACCCAGCUCCUUCAGACAGAUGAUUCAGCAGAGUUCAACCAAGUGAAUGGAGCUCUUGUUUCGAUCUUCAAGAUGGAUGCUAAGGGUACCCUCGGAGGCCUCUUCUCUCAGAUCCUGCAAGGAGAGGACAUCGUGCGGGAAAGAGCCAUCAAGUUUCUGUCCACCAAACUGAAGACCCUGCCAGAGGACGUCAUGACAAAGGAGAUGGAGGAUUAUGUCUUUGCUGAGACAAAGAAGGUUCUGGAGGACGUGACCGGAGAGGAAUUUGUGCUGUUGAUGCGUGUGGUGUCUGGCCUGCGGGUGCUGCAGACGGUGAACGGGCGGCAGCAGCUGGUGGAGCUGGUGGUGGAGCAGGCCUUCCUGGAGCAGGCCCUCAACCCAGCCGACCCAGACACUGUUGACCGCCUGCUGCAGUGCACACGCCAAGCCCUGCCCCUCUUCUCUAAAAAUGUCCAUUCCACGCGCUUUGUAACCUACUUCUGUGAACACGUCCUGCCCAACCUCAGUGCCCUGACAAGUCCGGUGGCUGAGCUGGAUAUCCAGUUAGAGGUGCUGAAGCUGCUGGCUGAGAUGAGUCCUUAUUGUGGAGACAUGGAUAAGCUGGAGCCCAACCUCAACAUGCUGUUUAUCAAGCUGCUGGAGUUCAUGCCUGUACCACCAGAAGAAGCAGAGAACGGAGAGAACACGGCCAGCGAGGAGCCCAAGCUGCAGUUCAGCUAUGUGGAGUGUCUGCUCUUCGGCUUCCACCAGCUGGGCAAGAAGCUGCCAGACUUCCUCAUUGAGAAAGUGGAUGCUGAGCGCCUCAAAGACUUCAAGAUCAGGUUACAGUAUUUUGCCAGAGGUCUGCAGGUUUAUAUCAGACAGCUGCGAGUAGCACUGCAGGGCAGGUCAGGUGACGCUCUGAAGACCGACGAGAAUAAGAUCAAAGUGGUGGCACUGAAGAUCACCAACAACAUCAACGUCCUCAUCAAGGAUCUCUUCCACAACCCUCCGUCAUUCAAGAGCACAGUCAGUCUGUCCUGGAAACUCAUCCAGAAGUCAGAGGCCGUAGCGCCCAAGCGCCCUUCCACUGAGGAGAUGGGUGCUGCCGACAGCACAAAGAAGCAGGUGUCUCUUCAGCCGAGGAGGGACGCGCGGCAGAUCUACAACCCCCCGAGUGGCAAGUUCAGCGCGACCAUUGGCAAUUUCACCUACGAGCAGCGUGGCGGCUUCAGGGGCGGACGAGGACGAGGGUUCGGAGGUCGAGGCAACAGGAGCAGAGGACGAAUCUACUGAGAAGCACAAACAGGCGUACAGUACUCACUGCUCAUUGAACUGCAUCACAUCAGGAUCUUUUCCGCACCGAGACGGACUAUUUGACACCCACUUUUGUCUUUGACUGGUCUCCAUGUCUUUUUUUUUUUUAAAAUUUGGAGGGAGGGGCGAGCUUUGGUUUCCUGUCGUCAAAAUAUCAGGCAUCGGGCUCAGUCAUUUCAACAAUUACUCCCCGUAAUCUUCUGCGCAAAGGCCAUAGUUAGCGUAACUCUAGAUGUUGUUUUUCCCCCCAUCAUUUUUAAAAUAUUCUGUGUAUUUUUGUGGAACAAAAGACUACCAAGAGAUAAAGAUUGUCUUGUUUGGAAUGUGAAUUGCAUUUCUUUCUACCUUUUUUAUUUAAUCGUGGUUUCUUUUUUAUUAGAACAGAAGAUGAUUUGGAAACUAGUCCGUAACAAAUUACACUCUACACAAUUCUUAACUUGCAUAUUAAACCCUUUCCCAGUCUGUCCUCCUU